AUGUCAUCUGGAUAUUUAAGCCCAAGUUAUCCGCCAGAUUCAUUUCGCGUCAGGCGGAAGCCCGUGUCAAACCCGAAUUUGCGAGCUACGGCGCAUGCCGAUCAGCGGGAAGCAACAGCCUAUGCUGCCAGCACCCCGUCUCUUAUGCUGCCAUCGUCACAGCCCCCAUCGUAUACGGACCUUUAUGGACCGCCACCUCCCAGGCCUGUAAGUCGAGGCUCGCUGCCGCGACCAAGGACAGCAGGGCCAACUUCAUCUCCGACUCCUCCACCAACGCCUGUUCAAAAGGCAUACAGCGAAGCUCGGCAUUUCCUCACUGGUCUAAUCAAUCGUCCAACAGAAUCAAACAAGCAUGUCACCAUUUUGCGACAUUCCCAUGGACUGGUCUUCUACCGUGGACCCACUACAUCUGUCGCUAUAUCAAUCUUCUCUGAUGCCCCCUUACCACCUGAACACACCUUGUGGUUGCAGAGCAAAGGUUGGACCGGGAAGACCGGGAUGCAAUUCAAGUCGUUCCUCCGUCUUCGAGAUAGCUGGCUGGAUGUGACCCCGGGUAUGCCGUUGAGGGCCGACCAGGUGACUCCGGAUGAUGAACGAGCUUGGCAACGCGACAUCAAGAAAUUUCGAAAGAAGGCCCCGCCCCGUCCGCGCGAUACACAUCAGCUUCGUGAGACUGCUGUUGUGCGGAUUCCCGCAGAGGCAGGCGAUGGUUAUUUCCAGCUAGUUCUCUGCCAAGGACUCAAGAAGAAGGUGCUUGGCAAUAGCCCUGUGUUCCGGGUGCUCUCUACAUCCACUGCCCCCAGUUCUAUCCGUGGCGCGAGUUUGAGCACACUGCCCCUAGAGGUUGGUGCUAUGGUUGUGAGCCUUUACGCCCAAACUGCAGCGCGAACCGCGGCAGGUCCGGCCGCCAUGGCCAUUCAAGCCAAAGCUGCUGCGGUUCGUCCAUCGUGGGUGACAAAGACUGCGGUCCAAAAGGCUUACACGAGUAGUGGUAUCGAGAACCGCGUGGGCGGUAUUAUCAAUGGCCCUAAAGGUCCUAUUGGGCGAUCUCAGAUCAGUCUAGCAGCGCCAGAAAUAGCUGGAAGCAGCCCGGUUUCUAUCGAUGUCGGUCCUCAGCUACCAUUUCCUAUGACUUUCAAAGCUCGUUGUCAAACUGAUCAAAUCCCCUACCCCAACAACCCGGAUGAUAUACCGAAGUUGAGCUUAAUUAGAAUGCCCGACUGGGUGACGGAGCAGUUAAGGGGUUACUUCUUUGGUUGGGCUCGAUUCGACAUUGGGUCGAGCAAAGGUCCCUCAACUGAUGAAUGGUGCCCAGCUAUCUUGUCUGUGCGGGCAUUGGAUCCUCUCCAGGCGGUGAGAGUAAAUCUGGCUCAAAUAUCAAAACGCGUCGUCGCAAUUCGCCUCCUCGAGGAUGUCCCUCUCCAAACAAGCAAAAUCGAGAUUCGUGUUUUGGGAUACCUCCGCGCUGAGAUCCCACCACCCACCGGGACCACGAGCAAAGAACUCGCUGAGGCGCAAGCGGCAGCUGCAGAGGCAGCUCUGCUCGCUGAUGUAUACGACGCAUCUGUUGUACAGGAUACUCUGGCUCAUCCCGCGUGGGCCGCGGAACAUCCGGCGAUCUCAGACCUUCAACAAAACUCGACUUGGAUUGAUCGCACGGUGGAGGGGUAUACCAAUAUCAUCACCCGUGGACAGAAGUUGGUAGAGCAAGUUCCAUUGCACCUGAUUGGUGUUCGCUCUAUCACCGAUGAGCUCAGAGAGAGCCAAGUUGCUGUAAAUGGGUUUUAUAUUGUCCGCUAA